GGCACUUUUUUUAUUAAGGUUUGGCAGUUGUGAUCGAGUAGUGUCAAUCGGAGAGAUGGGGAAGAGCAGAAUACUGAUAAUCGGAGUGACCGGAAAACUGGGUUACCAUUUGGCCAUUGCCAGCCUCGAUUUCUCCCACCCAACGUUCGCUCUCGUCAGAGACUCCGCCUUCUCUGACCCCAGAAAAUCUCACAAGCUUCACUCCCUCUCCACUGCCGGAGCCACACUUCUCAAGGGUUCGCUGCAAGAUGAAGCGAGCCUGGUGGAGGCGUUAAAGCAAGUGGAUGUGGUUAUCUGUGCUGUUUCUUCCAAUCAAGUUCUCGAUCAGAAGCUUCUUAUCCCAGCUAUUAAACAAGCUGGCUGCAUCAAGAGAUUCAUUCCAUCAGAAUUUGGAUUAGACCCGGAUAAGGUUCAAAUAUCAGACAUGGACUACAAUUUCUAUUCACGUAAAGCUGAAAUUCGACGUCUUGUCGAAGCUGAAGGCAUUCCCUACACUUGCAUCUCCUGCAAUUUUUUUAUGAGCUUUCUUAUUCCUUCACUUGUUCAACUAGACUUAGAGACUCCUCCAAGGGACAAGGUGACCAUAUUUGGUGAUGGAAAUACUAAAGGUGUCUUUGUGAAGGAAAGCGAUGUUGCUGCCUUCACAAUUAGUGCAGUGGACGAUCCACGCACGUUGAAUAAGGUGUUGUAUUUAAGGCCCCCAGGAAAUGUAUACUCCUUGAGUGAGCUGAUUGAGAUUUGGGAGACUAAGAUUGGGAAGAAACUCGAGAAGAUAUAUGUACCAGAAGAAGAACUUCUUAGGAAAAUUAAAGAGACUCCAUAUCCUGACAACUUGAAGAUGAUUUUCAUAUAUUCUGCUUUCAUAAAGGGGGAUCAAACAUACUUUGAUAUCGAGUCUUCAGGUGGUGUUGACGGGACAAAACUGUAUCCACAACUGAAAUACACUACAAUCAGCGAAUAUCUAGACACCCUACUGUAAGAAGCUCCAAAAUUGUUGUUCAAUAAGUUGUAGCUUGAAAGCAAUGAAAUUAUUUAUCAUCUUCCAAGUAUGUAGAGCUAUAGUGCUGUACCUUCUAUUCAAAUGAGCUCCAAUCUUGAGUGAA